UUCACCUUCCUUUUUUUUCCUCUCUCUCAUUUUUUCUUCUUCUCAACACUGUAUACUCAAAAAAUCCCCUUUCCCAUUUGCGAGCUUACGUUUUCGGAUCGCCUUCUCUCUCUCUCUCAUUUUCUCUCUCCUCAACCUACCAACAUUCUUCUUCUUCUUUGAGGUUUACUUUAAUCGAACUCGUGGCUUCGGAUCGAAGCUUCACUUUCUCUCUCCUCUUUUCUGUUCAGUUUUCAUGGCGGAUAGAGGAUCUCUUAAUCCUGGAAUUCGUUUAGAUAUUCAGCAACUACAAUUAGAAGCUCAGCAUCGAUGGUUGCGGCCAGCUGAAAUUUGUGAAAUUCUAAGAAACCAUCAAAAAUUUCAAAUUUCUUCAGAACCUCCAAACCGGCCCUCAAGUGGGUCGCUCUUUCUUUUUGAUCGGAAGGUUUUGAGAUACUUCAGGAAGGAUGGCCAUAAUUGGCGGAAGAAAAAGGAUGGAAAGACAGUGAAGGAAGCUCAUGAGAAGCUGAAGGUUGGAAGUGUUGAUGUGUUGCACUGCUACUAUGCCCAUGGUGAAGACAAUGAAUAUUUUCAGAGGCGCAGCUAUUGGUUGCUAGAAGAGGAGUUCAUGCAUAUUGUGUUUGUGCAUUACUUGGAGGUGAAGGGUAAUAGGAGCAGCAUUAGAGAUACCGAACCUGUACUUUCCAAUUCCCAGAUUAGUAACUCUCGGUCAAGCAGUGUUUCAAACAGUUACAAUGAAGCUUUUACGGGAAAUAUGGGAUCGCCCAGUGCAGUUAGCUCUCUGACUUCUUCUUAUGAAGAUAUUGAAUCUGAGGAUAAUCACCAAGCGAUCUCAAAGUACCCUUCACCUCUGAACUUCCCACACGUGGAAGACAGUUUUGAAAAGAACAAUGGGGGAGACCUCAUAAGUUCUAACUUUCUGCCUAAUUACUCUGACGGAUAUAAAGGGGGCCAGCUUCCAGGUCCUGGGUUGGAUUAUGUUCCACUUGUUCAACAAGGAGCUGGGACUAAUGAUUAUAAUCAAUUCAGAACACUUGAUUUGGCGUCAUGGGAAGAAGUCUUUCAACAGUGUACUAGAGGCUCAGGAGAUAUACCAGCUAAUCCAUCAAUCUCUGGGGCUCCACUUCUUGGAAGCACUCAAAAUUUCAAUGAGAGUUUCAGCCAGCUUCUGGAUGCUGGUUUUGGCGUCAAUUCUUUGUCAGGGGGUUCAAUAUCUCCGUACUUGCAGAGUAACAACCCAUUAGAACCUUCUAGCUUGGAAUAUCAAGACAAUGCAAACGUAUCUGUUACUGCAAAGAAGCCAGUGUUAGGUAAUAUUAGGGGAGAGGAGGGUCUGCAAAAAGUUGACAGUUUCUCUAAAUGGAUGACCAAGGAACUAGGUGGGGUAGAUGACUUGCAUUUGAAGUCGUCUUCCAAUAUGUCAUGGCAAAAUAUUGAAAGUGCUACUGCUGUUGAUGAUCACUCAAUAGAACUAGAGAACUACUCCAUGAGUCCCUCCAUUGGCCAAGAUCAGCUCUUUGACAUCAAAGACUUCUCACCAAGUUGUGCUUCUACAGAUGGUGAAACAAAGGUUGUGAUCACUGGAAAAUUUUUGGUGAGUCCCUCAGAGGUUUUUAAGUAUAGUUGGGCAUGCAUGUUUGGAGAAGUGGAGGUGCCUGCUGAAGUUCUUGGAAAUGGUGUUCUGUGUUGCUAUGCACCAUUGCACAGCGCUGGACGAGUCCCUUUUUAUGUAACUUGUUCUAAUAGGUUUGCCUGUAGUCAAGUGCGAGAAUUUGAAUAUCUUGUAGAGAGUCAAAAUGCCAACAGCGCAAAUGUGUGUGGAAACGGUAUGACAGAGAAGCAGCUUUGCCUCCGACUUCAGAAGCUACUAGCUCUGAAAUCUCCUAGCAAUUUCGAGUCUACUUCUGAGAAUAUUAGGAAGAAGGAGCAGAUUUUUAGAAAGAUACUGCUGUUAAUGGAAGAUGAGCUCUGUCUGGGGGUUGAACAACACUUGAAAGAAAAAGUGGUCUCUUGGCUAUUUGACAAGGUAAGUGACGAUGGUAAAGGACCAAAUAUACUUGAUGAAGAGGGGCAAGGGUUUAUACAUCUAGCUGCAGCUCUUGGUUUUGAUUGGAUUAUCCCCCCUACCAUAGCCGCUGGUGUUAGUGUGAAUUUCCGGGACAUAAAUGGAUGGACGGCCCUCCACUGGGCUGCUUUCUAUGGAAGAGAGAAGACUGUUGCUCUUCUAGUUGCACUGGAAGCUGCGUCAGGAGCGUUAACAGAUCCUUCACCAGAAUUUCCUUUGGGUAGAACUGCUGCGGACUUGGCUUCAGCUAAUGGAUACAAAGGAAUAUCUGGUUUCCUGGCUGAGCAUUCCUUGACGGCUCAUCUUGAGACACUUACAAUGACUGACAGAAAGUCAGAUAGUUCAUUGGAAGAUUCUAUGAGCAAAGCUGUACAAACAAUGAGAGAGAAGGUGGCAACUCCGGAUGAUGAAGGUGAUGGGUCAGAUUUGUCACUGAAGGAUUCUUUAGCAGCUGUUCGUAAUGCAACUCAAGCUGCUGGUCGUAUUCAUCAAGUUUUCAGGAUGCAGUCAUUCCAGAGGAAGCAAGUCACUAAGGGUGCUGGUGAUGAUGAGUCUUUGCUGAGUGAUGAACAGCUUCUUUCACUUGUAUCAUCUAGGAUUCAGAGGCCUGGGCGUCCUGAUGAGCAAUCCCAUUCUGCUGCUGUACAUAUUCAGAAAAAAUUUCGUGGUUGGAAGAAGAGGAAAGAAUUUUUGAUUAUCCGAGAAAGAGUUGUUAAAAUCCAGGCCCAUGUAAGAGGUCAUCAAGUGAGAAAACGAUACAAAACAGUUGUCUGGUCUGUGGGAAUAUUGGAGAAAGUGAUUCUACGGUGGAGACGGAAAGGAACUGGACUGCGUGGGUUUCGUCCUGAUGCCCUCAAUAAAGCAUCUAGCCCACAUGUGGCACCAGUUGUGCAGAAGAAGCCUUCUGAAGAAGAUGAUUAUGAUUACCUGAAGGAAGGAAGGAAACAAACUGAAGAACGGCUACAAAAGGCCCUUGUAAGGGUGAAAUCUAUGGUUCAAUAUCCUGAGGGAAGAGCACAAUAUCGGAGGCUUCUGACUGCUGUAGAAGGUUUUCAAAAGAAUCAGCAGCAUGUGAAUGACAACGUCAUAAGCAGCUCAGAAAAUGUACCAGUUGAAGGCGAAGAUGACAUGAUCGAUGUUGAAAGCUUAUUCGAUGAUGACAACUUCAUGGCUAUAGCAUUUGAAUGAUUUGCUUUUCCUUUUUCGUUCUAAUUUGUGCAACUUGUACAGAAAGUGAACUAUUUGCACCUUAAUUGGACGAAAGGUAAUAGUUUCCCAUGUAAAUAAUAAUAUAGCAUUAGUUAGGAGACUGGUUAGAAGACUGAUGUGUAGAAGGCAGGCAUGUUGUAGUUUGACACCACAGGUUAGAUGUAGAAGUCAUUUGUUCCAAGAUUGAGAUUGUUAGAUAUUUGCAUGAGUCUGUCAUCGCUCUGUGUCAUACCGAUCAGGGAAGAUAUAGGUUUGAAAGUAGGCUGUGGUGUCGGGUUUAUUAAUACCACCACUUUGCCAUGUUCGUAUUAGCCUGUGUAGCCGAGUUCGUUAGAAUAUGAUAUGUGAGGAACAAUAUUAUCCCUGAACUCUCCUGCUAUUGCUUCCUAUUGAUGUAUUUUCAUGUCGAA